AUGUCUGCCCUUCCAUCGAUCCGCGACAAAGCAUUGUACCGCUACGCCUACCUCCAAGGUCGAACAUCCGCCCUGCCGUCAAGCUUCUCCGACCUCUCUGGCGCGCUGGUGCGCAAAGUCGCCAGCUUCGUCACCCUACCGCUACCGCUUCUGUCGUUCCUAGCCGUGCCACUGUAUGGCGGCUCGUCGACAACGGCGAGCCUGGUUUUCUUCUAUGCCACAUGGACUACAUGUAUCUUGGUCAUGAGUCACGAUCCCAUCCUGCUCGAGAUUGGUGGCACUCUUGCAAUUCGAAUCUUUUGCUUUGUCAUCCCUGCUCUUGCCUUCCUCCUCGGCGAUUGCAUGGCUCCAAGCCUCAGCAAGAGACUUAAAGCGCGCGGCCACAGAUUACUGCCUGAUCAGCUCGGUCGUGACAAGCUCUUCUUGGUGUUUGGUGUCUCCCUGAGCAACGUUCUGCUGGCGGUGGUGCUCCAGGCACUACUUGAGCAAUUCUGCACAGGAGCCCUGCGCAUGCGCAGCUUGCUGAAGGUGACAUCUAUCGUGCCCCUACCGCUCAACAUCCUGACCGAUUUGUUGAAGGGGUUUGUCAUUCGAGGUAUCGUCCAUUACGCUGUGCACCGUUGGCUGUUCCACACGUAUGAUACCAUCCUGAAGACCUGGCAUCUGAGCUGGCAGCACUCUUUGAAGUUCCCAUUCAGCCUCGUGGCGUCGUACGAUCAUCCAGUAUGCUUCCUGUUGUCCACCUGGUUGCCAACGUACCUUCCAGCAGUGUUAUCCCGUUGGCAUGUGCUCACAUGGCACAUUUUCCUCGUCUUGACCAGUCUGGAGCAACUCUUUGUGUUUUCGGGAUACGCCGUCUUGCCAUCAACUAUCCUCAUUGCUGGGAUGGCUCGGAGGAUGGAGGCUCACUUCGAUUCUAUUCAGGCAAGCGGACCUGCUGGAAACUUCGGUCAGCUACGGUUGAUCGACUUCUUGCUAGGCACGAGCUGCAAAGGCGGCAGCGCUCUCCUGGACGAUGUUCAGGACGAAGCGGAGAAACGAGCAAUCCAGGAACAAAUUGAUGAGGCGGUGCAUGCAGCCAUAGCAAGCAUGAAUAGCAAGAAACGUCCAGGUCAAGAAAGCAAUGGUAAUCGAGAGCACGGCGAAGGCACCUACAAAUCAAGCCCAGACGCAUCAGGUGAGGUUGACCAAGCUGCAGACUCGGGUCACGCUCAGCAGCGCCGAAGUGGGAGGAGGCAGGGUACGAGAGGCUGA